AUGACGGCUGGUAAUGCCGGUUUAAUGGUCACUUGCGCUAUACAAAUCACACAAUCUCUUCAAAUGCUUGUUCGUCAAGCAAGCGAGAUCGAAACAAAUAUUAUUGGCGUAGAACGUAUCAACGAAUAUGCAGAAUUGCCGCCUGAAGCUCCAUGGGAAAGUCAGGAAAAGCAACCGCCACCUGAUUGGCCUACUAAAGGAGAGAUUCUGUAUGUUGAUUGCGAAACAACAUUUGAAAAUAACUUAUCUUGUUGAGAUUUUUUCUUUAAGCUUCAGAAAUCUAAGCAGUUUUAGUGAAUAUCAAAACUUUCUAGAAGAACUCAUUUCUGGAUCUCAUCAGAAAUUUUUCUGCAAAGAACAAAAUGACAUGUUCCAUUCUUGCGAAUUUGAUGAGGGCAUCUAAUUAUGGAAAAGUUCAAACAAUCAUUUGUGCCAUAUGACCAUUUUUCUCUUUCACGAUUCUGACACCGUUUUUUGCUAUUGGCGUACCCCCUAGAACUUCUGAGAGAUGGUUUUUUUUCUUCAAUUUCCUCGAAAACACGCGCUAUAUGUGCAGGUUUUCAUGCUGCUUUGGAUUUUAUUAAUCCGUAAUGAAUGAUUUUGACGAGAUGAUAAAAGAAUAUAACUUCCACGAAGAAAUAUUGCAGUUAAUUUGUUGCAAGAUAACCAGUUGAGAUAAGACGCAAAGGCAACCGACAGAAAGUUGGACGUUCGUUCUACUCCUUCAAAGUACGUAUAUGUGAACGGCACGUAUCAAUUAGACACUCAACUGUGUAUGUGACAAAGGAAAUCUCGCGUUUUCUGGUAGUGACGAGAGAUGAAACAGAUAUCUCACAAAAAAACCGAACAGUGUUUCUAUACUUUCGGAGCCUGGAAGAUUGUAUAUACAUGCCUUCACAUCACUUCAAUGUGUCACGUCUGGUUUCGCUCUCUUCUUCUUUCGUUUUCUUUUCUCUCUGUUCUGUUUUUCGCUGUCGCUUCUUCACACUCUUGGAUACUUUAUUCAUGUUAGAGUGAGCAUAGAGCGAAGUCAAAUAAAGGGACUUCUCAUACAUUUGAACGAGCAACCAGAGACUUCUCGUUCUUGAGAUGAUCUUCACAAAAAAGAAUCGAUUUUUAUGCGUAAGCCUGGGGAGAAGAACUUGCGACUGCAAACAAGCGUUCUGUGAUUCCCUUUACGUUCAAAAAUCCGAAAAAAUGAUAAUACCAUAAGUUUGAUUCAGAUGUGGCGUUCCAUCAAAUAACUAUGACCGAAAACAUCAUAUACAGGCCUGAUUAUUAAUAAGAAAAGAAAAGAGAUUGUUUCUACAAAAACUUCUUUGCUGACCCGCUGAUCGGUCGCGGGUUAAUCUCCAUGUUUUCGGCACUGAAGUGAUACCGUCUUUUCCAUAUUCGACAUUGAUGGCAUUUCUGUAAUCAUUUUUUGUGACAUCCUGAGUAUGGCACAUAUCCUUUAUUUGUUGUUUUGAUACUCAGUAGGAACUCUCAGAUUUCGUAUUACUCAAAGAGCUGAAUUAAAAAAACAAUUGUCUUGAACUACUAUUAUUUUAUGUUUAUUUUUUGACUCUUGCUUUUCAGAAUCAAGGAAUUAUCAGUACGUUAUAGAGAAAAUUUGGAAUUGGUACUCAAUAAUUUGACUAUUCACAUUCAGUCUGGAGAGAAGGUUAAACAUAUAUAUGCACUUCAGACCUGAUAUGUCUAGAUUAAUUUAGAUUGGAAUUAUCGGUCGUACGGGCAGUGGAAAGAGUAGCUUGUGUAUGGCACUUUUUCGUAUCAUUGAAUCAGCCAACGGUCAAAUUAUCAUUGAUGAUGUCGACAUUCGUCAUAUUGGGCUACACGAUUUGCGAUCAAAGAUUACUAUCAUUCCACAAGUGACUUUUUGUCUAUCGUUGCACAGCCAGAUGAAUUUUCGAUCUUUAGGACGCAGUCAUUUUUGCUGGUACGGUAAGAUUCAAUGUUGAUCCAUUUGGCAUCUAUAGUGAUACAGAAAUUUGGACCGUAUUGAAAUUGGUACAUAUGAAAAAACGUGUUGAUGCAAUGGAAAAUGGUCUGUCACAUUUGUUGACGGAAGGAGGCGGGAAUAUGAGGUGAAUUCAAAUAAUUUGAUUAUGUAACAUACGUCUCUGUUAUUCUCGUUUUUUCUCUAGUGCUGGUGAAAGACAAUUAUUGUGUCUAGCACGAGCUCUCUUGAGAAGGAGUAAAAUAUUUGUACUCGAUGAAGCAACUGCUAGUAAGUCAGUUCUUAAUUCUUUUUCAUCUUUACUAUUGAUUCGUUGCUUGUACUAUUAGC